UUCGUUCGCCGUCGCCGAGCCGAGUCAUUCCACGUUCGGUAUUGAAGCUGUUCGCACGUCAGUCGUUCUCAACAGUGUACAUCGUUAUAUUUGUUAAUAAUAUUGACAUCUCGUGUUAAUUCAGUGCUAAAAACCUGUGUUGUUUUGCCACCAUGUGUGAAAAAAGGACAAGGAAGAUAAAGAAAGGUUCUCACCUGAACCGCCUGCGUGAGGCGCGACGCAUUCAAAGAAUGCAGAGACUGUCAUCACCGUCCACCAGUGAUGACAACACCACCGUAUCCGUGUCCCCGUGCCCACCGGCCGUCGACAAAAUCGCCCAGAACAGGGUGAUCCUCGAACUGGCCUGGAAGACAGUGGCGCUCAUGCACAAAAACAGACUCAUCCAACAAAAGAUCAUCGCACUGAAGAAAGAAACCUCAGAAUUCGUCGCCUCCAUCAUGAACAAUCCUGAAAAUAGAAAACGUUACGUCGAACACAUUCGCAUGUACGGACCCACGGCGCAGGCGCAGACACAAAAGCCAGAUCACUCCCCACUACAACUAGAACCCAAGGUGUAAACGAUAACGGUGUCAAUCAACUCCGAUGACAUCGGUGUGAACGAGUGAGUGAGUGAAUGAGAGAUAUGUUUUGUUCAGUUUGGCAUGAUUGGUUGAAUGUUACUUAAAGCCUGUUGUUGAGUUAUUUAGCUUUUUGACUUACUUAUAGACCUUGUAUACAAGUUAGCUUUAUGUCAAUAUAAAUUGGCAUUUUUAUUGUGAUCAAAUUUAUUUAGGGGUCGUUGAAAUUCUUAAUUCCAUAGUUGUCGUAAUUUUCCAAAUUAGAUACUUCGUUGUGUCUCUUCUAUAAUAUUAAUGUAUGUAGUAUUGAAUAUUUAAGAUAGCCAGCCGUUGAAGCUGUUUCCUCAUAUUAGUAUUGGUUUCAUACUACCAGCAAUAAAUAAAUUAAUGCAGUGUCUUAAGUAAAAAUGUUGUGGCUAAUAAUAACUUCUUGUUGUUAUAGAAGUAAGCUUUGAAGAGGUUGUAAGUAAGAGGCUGUUAAGAUAUAAGGUAGACAUCUUCGUACCACUGUGAUUCGGUUAAACAUCGGCCGUUAGGGAUUAACAAAAUGGCGUACUAUUUACGCGAGACCGGUGAGCUAGGGUAAAUGGUAUUGUUAAGAGUUAGACUUUAAUGUAGUACUUUGUUUCCAAUUAUAGACUUUGUGGUUCAAGCUUAAUGGGAAUUAAAAUUUGCGCUUACUAGGUGGCGCCUCUGUAGAGUAAAGUCCUGUCAAUAUGAUUGCUAACAAAAGUUUACUUAAUGUGGUGACACCAUUGGCGCUCUUAGUCGAGCUGGACGCCCCGCUACAAACGGUUUAGUGUUUUCAGCAUUCUUUCGAUUAGCGAAGCACAAAAUUAUCGAAAUUGUAUUGUAAUUUUAAAAAACUUAAGAUUAUCAUAAAUUGUUGUAAUACUGCCAAUAGGUUUACUUUGUUAUUAGAUUUUGCGUUUAAAAACAUGGUACGAAGAACUCGAAAGAAAGGUUUUCAAAUUAAUACUCCUAGCACUUAAUUUAAGUUAGUUCUUUAAUUAUUUUAGGUUUUAAACAAUUUCUACAAUAACAUCUUUGUACCUAUUUGUUAAGUCGACACUUUUGAUUGAACCAAGAAUCAAUAAAUCCAACUUGAGAAGUUCAUUCAUUACGAAUGUAUCAUCAUUUUGCCCGAUUUGUUAUGACAGCUCAUUAUUUAAGGUUAUACUUGUGUUAUUACGUUCUAGUAAUACAAAACCACCGAUUGUGGAUGUCACUUGUGUGAAAGAACUUAAAUCUCAAAAUCACCUUCAAUUAGAGCUUCUCAAGGUGACGUACAAUAUAGAUUUGGAGAGAGUUAUCUAAUGUCUCUCUUUGGGGUCAUUAUCCUCUGAGAAAUGUACAGGCGCACUAGUACAUCAAGCUAGCCCAGACUACAAUAUGUCAAAGUUUGGAGUAGCUUGAUAUGACGUCUGUAUAAAAUAGAUGUCCGUUUGUCCUCCUGCGGAUAUACUUGGUUCAAUGAACAGUUCAAUUCAAGACUUACCUUAGAUUGCAUUUAAUAGAAAUUAAUAUAAUCAAGAUUGCACAGAUCUACCAAUCACUGUGUUCAUUAUAAAUGUACGUAUCGAUACUGGUUCCAGUAUGUUUAUCACAAAAAUACAUUAAUUACUAUAAGAAGUAUUAAACACGAAAUCUUUUUUAUCUUUGUAUAAUUUGUUGAUUCGUUUUUGUAAGGUAGAGUAGGUAAGGGUUCAAAAUUACAGGGAGUGCGAAAUUCUAAAACGCGAAUCCUUUCAAGAGAUAAGUAUUAAACGACUAAAAUUAAGUUGUUAUUAUAUAAUUUAUUGCACAAGGCUCCCAAUGUGUAUGUUUAAUGUACCUACGCUUAAAAUCUUGGCUUUUUUGUGGUUUAUUUAGAUCAUAAGUCAAAUUUGAAAAAUACACUAGUCUUUCGAA